AUGGGUUCCAUUCAGCCACAGCUUCCUAAGACCAUGAAAGCAGGACAAUGGAAUCCCGAAUUGCGAAAAGUUGUUGUAAAUGAGAUUCCCGUUCCAGAACCAGGCAAGAAUGAGUUCCUUGUCAAAAUCAGAUCAGCAUCAUUGUGCCAUUCCGACGUGCUGGCCAUCCAACAAGCGGAGAAGACCGUAACGCUUGGUCAUGAGGGUGCCGGUCACAUCGUGUCGAUGCAUCCUUCAGCCGAAGAAAGAGGUUUCAGUAUUGGAGACGCUGUAGGGUUUCUGUACAUCCGAGGUUGUUGCUUCACGUGCUCCGGAUGCCAGGUUCACAACCUCCACUGCGAGACGGGCAAACAGCUUCUCCAGGGCUUUGUUGUCGAUGGAUUUUUUGCAGAGUAUGCGCUCGUGGACUACCACAACGCCAUCGUUCUCGACGAAAGCAAGUGGAAUAUGGAUGCUGCCUCGGCUGUGUUCUGUGCUGGUAUUACCGCAUUCCACUCUGUCGACAGCUGCGAGCUUUCACCGGGAGACUGGUUCGGUGUAGUUGGCUGUGGUGGUCUCGGCCAACUUGCGACACAAUACGCCAAAGCCAUGGGACUGAAGGUUGUGGGCAUCGACGUCGCCGACGCGAAUCUCGAGGAGACCAAAAAGCAAGGCGCUGAUGUUGUCUUCAACUCCAUGUCAAACUCGGAAUGGGCCCAGGACAUCAAGAAAUUGACGGGUGGUGGCGUCCAAGCUGUUGCUGUGUACACCAAUGCACCGCCCGCAUUUGCUUCUGCUACCAGCUGUCUGACCUUAGGAGGCACAUUGAUGAUUAUCGGUGUAUCGAAAGAGCCUAUCAAGAUUGACGGAAUGGAUCUUUUGCUGGGGAGAUACAAGAUCAAGGCAGACAGCACAAGUAUUCCUCAGCGCAUGGAAAAGGCUGUCGAGUUCACAGCCAAGCAUGGUAUCAUGCCCGUAGUGGAGAUACGGGACGGGUUGGAAGAUCUGGCGAGCAUGGUGGAAGAUAUGGAGAAGGGAAAGGUCGCUAAGAGGCAAGGAAUCGCCUUCAGAUGA